AAAGCUGAGUGUCUGGAAACAAGUUCUGCCCUGAUCUUUGUGAACAAAACGAUGUGGAUUUUGAUUCUCCUCAUUUGUUCUCUGCCCGUUUCAGGUGCAUUGUGGGCAAAAGAGAGAGUAACAGGAGUUGUGGGAAGAGCGAUCUCAAUAGAAUGUCACUAUGAUGCAUGGUGGUACAAGUCACAUAUAAAAUAUUGGUGUCGCGGCUGGAGUCGCCAGUGUAAUGUUGUAGCAUCGACAAAUUGGCGAAAUGGAAGAAUAUCGGUCACAGAUAACAAUUCACAAGGAUUAUUUAUUGUUACUAUGGAGGAUCUUCGCUCAGGAGAUACAGGAUGGUACAGCUGUGGUAUUGAAAAAACUGGCCACGAUUCAAUGUUUAAUGUGAAACUACAAAUAUCUUACGAACCCGUGUCUGUUCCUGUGCUUAGAUUUUCAUCACCACCAAAUGUCGCUAGUUCUGGGGAUUCAGUGUCCAUCUCCUGUGAGUCUGUCCAGGGAUCCCUUCCCAUUCAAUACACAUGGUUUGAAAUGACCCUGUCUGAAGAUUCAAAGAUCUCUGACACCAAUAAACUGGAUCUACAUUGUCAAUCCUUCAAACAGCAACAUCAUCAAUAUUACUGCACAGCCUCAAAUAAUCAGGGAGAAAACUCCAGUGACACUGUCACUGUUAACAUUUCAAUCAUCAAUGAAACAGGGACAAACUGCAGUUAUGUGAUACGAAUUGGAACCAUUGUUUCAGGUGCAUUGUGGGCAAAAGAGAGAGUAACAGGAGUUGUGGGAAGAGCGAUCACAAUAGAAUGUCACUAUGAUGCACGGAGCUACAAGUCACACAUAAAAUAUUGGUGUCACGGUUCGACUAAACUGUGUCAUGUUGUAGCACCGACAAAUUGGCGAAAUGGAAGAAUAUCAGUCACAGAUAACAAGACAACAGGAAUAUUUAUUGUUACUAUGGAGGAUCUUCGCUCAGGAGAUACAGGAUGGUACAGCUGUGGUAUUGAAAAAACAUGCGUUGAUCCAUUGUUUGUUGUGUGGCUACAAAUAUCUUACGAACCCGUGUCUGUUCCUGUGCUUAGAUUUUCAUCACCAGCAAAUGUCUCAUGUUCUGGGGGUUCAGUGUCCGUCUCCUGUGAGUCUGUCCAGGGAUCCCUCCCCAUUCAGUACACAUGGUACGAGAAGACCCUGUCUGAAGAUUCAAAGAUCUCUGACAUCAAUAAACUGGAUCUACAUGGUCAACCCUUCAAACAGCAACAUCAUCAAUAUUACUGCACAGCCUCGAAUAAUCAGGGAGAAAAAUCCAGUGAAAUGGUUAAAGUAUCAACGAUCAAUGUAACAGGGACAAGCUGCAGUUAUGUGAUACUAAUUGGAAACAUUGGAGCUGAGUAUUUUUGUGAUGUUUCUACAACAGUAUCACCAACUACACAUUUGACAAGUACAGAUAUAAUUUCCACUACCAUUCGAACCACACCUUCAGGUCCCGAAAAUCCUGAAAGACACUCAAUGAAUCAGAUCCUCACAAGUUGGUCACUCUGGCAGAAUCAGCAUCAGCCUCAGGGAAGGAGGCAACUGUGGAGGAGACGGCAGUGGCGGAGGUGGAGGUGGCAGUUACGGUACAUGGCAGAGGCAGAGGUGGCGAUAGCAGCGGAACUGAAGGUUGCAGUGAAGUCGGCAACAACAGUGGAGAAGGAUGAGGCCGCUUCAGUGGAGUCCGACACCAGUCCAGUGCCACCCAGCUCCCAUUCCCGAGGACAGGUGAUGGAACCUGCCCAGUGCCAGGAUGAGCUGCUUGGUAAGAUCGGGAGGUGGGAAGUAGAGAAGGCAGCCGACCAGGAAAAGGUGGAGGAUAUCUCCAGGAUUAAUGACUGUCUCCAAGAAGAAACUCUUGUAGCCUUCAGCCAGGAAACAAGAGCUGAGUGUCAGGAAACAAGUUCUUCCCUGAUCUUUGUGGACAAAACGAUGUGGAUUUUGAUUCUCCUCAUUUGUUCUCUGCACGUUUCAGGUGCAUUGUGGGCAAAAGAGAGAGUAACAGGAGUUGUGGGAAGAGCGAUCACAAUAGAAUGUCACUAUGAUGCACGGAGCUACAAGUCACACAUAAAAUAUUGGUGUCACGGCUGGACUAACCUGUGUCAUGUUGUAGCAUCAACAAAUUGGCGAAAUGGAAGAAUAUCAGUCACAGAUAACAAGACAACAGGAAUAUUUAUUGUUACUAUGGAGGAUCUUCGCUCAGGAGAUACAGGAUGGUACAGCUGUGGUAUUGAAAAAACUUGCUUUGAUCCAUUGUUUGUUGUGUGGCUACAAAUAUCUUACGAAUCCGUGUCUGUUCCUGUGCUUAGAUUUUCAUCACCAGCAAAUGUCUCAUGUGCUGGGGGUUCAGUGUCCGUCUCCUGUGAGUCUGUCCAGGGAUCCCUCCCCAUUCAGUACACAUGGUACGAGAAGACCCUGUCUGAAGAUUCAAAGAUCUCUGACAUCAAUAAACUGGAUCUACAUGGUCAAUCCUUCAAACAGCAACAUCAUCAAUAUUACUGCACAGCCUCAAAUGAUCAGGGAGAAAAAUCCAGUGAAAUGGUUACAUUAUCAACGAUCAAUGUAACAGGGACAAGCUGCAGUUAUGUGAUACUAAUUGGAAACACCGUUUCAGGUACAGUGUGGGCAAAAAAAAAAGUAACAGGAGUUGUGUGAAGAGCGAUCACAAUAGAUUGUCACUAUGAUGCACGGAGGUACAAGUCACCUAUAAAAUAUUGGUGUCGCGGCUGGACUCGCCAGUGUAAUGUUGUAGCAUCGACAAAUUGGCGAAAUGGAAGAAUAUCGGUCACAGAUAACAAUUCACAAGGAUUAUUUAUUGUUACUAUGGAGGAUCUUCGCUCAGGAGAUACCGGAUGGUACAGCUGUGGUAUUGAAGAACCAGGCCACGAUUCAAUGUUUGCUGUGUGGCUACAAAUAUCUAACGAAUCCGUGUCUGUUCCUGUGCUUAGAUUUUCAUCACCAGCAAAUGUCGCUAGUUCUGGGGAUUCAGUGUCCAUCUCCUGUGAGUCUGUCCAGGGAUCCCUUCCCAUUCAAUACACAUGGUUUGAAAAGACCCUGUCUGAAGAUUCAAAGAUCUCUGACACCAAUAAACUGGAUCUACAUUGUCAAUCCUUCAAACAGCAACAUCAUCAAUAUUACUGCACAGCCUCAAAUAAUCAGGGAGAAAAAUCCAGUGACACUGUCACUGUUAACAUUUCAAUCAUCAAUGAAACAGGGACAAACUGCAGUUAUGUGAUACAAAUUGGAACCAUUGUUUCAGCUGCAUUGUGGGCAAAAGACAGAGUAACAGGAGUUGUGGGAAGAGCGAUCACAAUAGAAUGUCACUAUGAUGCAUGGUGGUACAAGUCACAUAUAAAAUAUUGGUGUCGCGGCUGGACUCGCCAGUGUAAUGUUGUAGCAUCGACAAAUUGGCGAAAUGGAAGAAUAUCGGUCACAGAUAACAAUUCACAAGGAUUAUUUAUUGUUACUAUGGAGGAUCUUCGCUCAGGAGAUACAGGAUGGUACAGCUGUGGUAUUGAAAAAACUGGCCACGAUUCAAUGUUUAAUGUGAAACUACAAAUAUCUUACGAACCCGUGUCUGUCCCUGUGCUUAGAUUUUCAUCACCAGCAAAUGUCUCAUGUUCUGGGGGUUCAGUGUCCAUCUCCUGUGAGUCUGUCCAGGGAUCCCUUCCCAUUCAAUACACAUGGUUUGAAAAGACCCUGUCUGAAGAUUCAAAGAUCUCUGACACCAAUAAACUGGAUCUACAUUGUCAAUCCUUCAAACAGCAACAUCAUCAAUAUUACUGCACAGCCUCAAAUAAUCAGGGAGAAAAAUCCAGUGAAAUGGUUAACGUAUCAAAGAUCAAUGAAACAGGGACAAACUGCAGUUAUGUGAUACAAAUUGGAAACAUUGGACCUGAGUAUUUUUGUAAUGUUUCUACAACAGUAUCACCAACUACACAUUUGACAAGUACAGAUAUAAUUUCCACUACCAUUCGAGCCACACCUUCAGAUCCUGAAAAUCCUGAAAGUCUGAUUUACAUUGUGCUUGGAGUGCUGGGGGGCAUUCUUGUGGUGUUUGCUGUUUCUCUACUUCUGUACCUGAGGCAAAUCAACAAGGGUACAAACUGCAUUCUAAGUCAUCGGAGAGAUAAGACUCUCCAUGAUAAUCAGGAAUUGGCAGCAGAGGAAGAGAGCACUCUGUAUGCAAAUGUAAACCACAAUCAAAAGGGCUCGGCAGGAACACACAGAGAGGGAACUGCCGAGUUGAAUAAUGAGGAAAUCACAUAUGCAGCGGUGCAGUUUCAAAAGAAAUCGUCUACACAGAGAGGUGAAGGGACAAAUCACUCAGUUAACAACCCGGACAGUGUCAUCUACAGUGGAGUCAUGAUUCACAACCAGCCCACAAAGAAAAACCCUAAAACUCCAUUACAUGAUACUCCAUAGGAAUCUGAAAUGGCAAUUUAUGCUACCGUUACUCAUUAGCGAAACCAUUCGGGUGGCGCAUAUCCUGCCCCGUUUUCUUAACUUUGCAUCUCAGUUGCAUUGAAUUUCUUCUGCCAUGAGCUGUCCACAUAUUUACUUUAGUCCAGUUCUUCCUUUAACUUCGGAAUUGUUUCCUCCAUUCCCACCGCUCCUCCCAGUUUGGUGUCAUCAGCAAAUGUAAUUAAUUCACCUUGAGUUUCAGAGUCCAGGACAUUAAUGUAAAUUAGAGUGGUCCCAAUACCAGGCCUUAUAGCACCACACUCACCAGCCAGACCCCCCA